AAGAAACCCGAGAAGACUUUCUCGUUUCCGCCUGGCACGACAUUUAGAGCCUGGUCCAAGGACGAGGGCUUAGCCCAGGUUUCGUUAUACCGUGAAGCAUUAUACAAGCAUGGAGUUGCUAAAAUCCAAUGCGAAUUCGGAGGGACCAUCGAGGACAAGUCGGCGCUGUUGCUUGAAAUUGUCGAGGCGCUCGGCAAGGCCGACACCCAUUCUGCAACCGAGGGCGCCUUAUGGGACAUCAAAAACAAGCCAGAGGGCGUGAUAUCCAAAGGGACAGGACAAAAAGCCGUUGCAAUUUCCCACACACUCGACGAAUUCUCUUGGCAUAUUGACGGAUCUUUCGAGGAAAAGCCGACGCGGUUCUUUGGUUUUCACAUCAUCCAUCCCGACAAGCAGGGCGGAGGCGUCUUCCGUCUUUUGCCCGUAGCCGACAUCGUCGCCGCUCUCCCGCCUGACGUCACCGAGAUCUUGGCGACCAAGGAAUUUAACAUCAAGGUUCCUCCCGAGUUCUUCAAGGGCGUUCACACUUUGCGUAAACCGCUGCUGGAACGCCCAGCGAACGGACCGGCGCUCAUCCGGUACAGGAAGGGCGUCACCACUGCAGACGAGAACGACAAAGAGGCAGUGAGGGCUAUUCGGGUUCUCGAGAGCCUCUUGGGGAAGGAGGACACCGGAUUCGCCGUCCCUGCGGAGCACUUCAAAGAGGACACCCUCUUGUUACUGGAUAACCGCCGUUUCCUUCACUCUCGAACCGCGAUUCGGGAUCCAAACAGAUGGCUCCGCAGGGUCCGGUUUCACGCUGACUCGGCGGCGGCGUAG